ACACAACACAAGCAAGAUCGAAUUGCUGGACGAGGAAAGCUGAUCAUGUCUUCUCCAGAAAUUGCUUCUUUAUCCUGGGGCCACAUAAGGGUAAAAGGUUGCUCCACAUCCUACAAAGACUGUAAAGUGUGGCCGGGUGGCAGCCGAGCAUGGGACUGGCGUGAAACCGGCACAGAUCAUUAUCCAGGCGUCCAGCCAGCCGACCUGGAAGAGGUCCUGAGGAAAGGAGUGCAGAUGCUGAUCAUAGGAAGAGGGAUGAGUGAAGCUCUACAGGUACCUCCAUCCACCCUAGAUUACGUGAAGAAGCAGGGUGUUGAUAUCAGGCUUUUUCAGACCGAGCAGGCCGUUAAAGAAUAUAAUGCUCUGGUGGGACAGGGAGCUAAAGUCGGUGGGGUCUUCCACUCCACCUGCUGAUCACAUCAUUAACAUACCCAGCUAAUUCAGUUAAUUGAUUGUUUAAAGUGCCUUACAUUACAACUGAACAUUGUUUUCUUAGUAUAUGCUUCUUUAUUUUCACUCUAAACUACUGGAGGAUUGUUUUUCCAUUGGUA